AUAUUUCUUCGGUUUAGACCCUGAUUUCAACCCAAAAUAUCAAACUUAUUGGAGUUACGAAAUUUCGACCCAACAAACAUUAAAUUCCAAAUAACAACAUGGCGGCCGACAAGCUGCACGUGGACGCGAAGGCUACCGUGAAUAAGGUUCACAAACAGCCAGAAAAACACAGUAAACAGGACAAGCAACUUUUGGAAACAUUCUGGGACCUUGCGGCCACAGUGGAUGAUAAAAGGGUGGAAGCUGCGGGAAGACUUAUUGAUAUAGUCAGCAGAAAGCAGACGGAGCAUAAACCUGAUGACACGGUCACGGCCGCGGAUGUAUUGUGCGAGGAAGUCCAGUAUGCUCUCAAGAGACUUGUCAGAGGGCUGGCUUCACCAAGGAAGGGAGCACGGCAGGGAUAUGCGAUGGCUCUAGCUCAGCUGCUCGAGCACAUAGAACAGAUCUCACUCGCGGAAGUCUUCAAGCUUAUCAAGGAACAUCUUGAAAUCAAAGGACAUAAAAGCGAAGAGAAGCAAUGUUUGUUUGGGAAAGCCUUUGCCUACCUAUCGAUCAUCCAGUCUGGGAAACUACAAAAGGAGGACGGUCGCUUCUCAGCCGAGGUGAUCAGACAGCUUCAGAACCUGUGCGUCCAGAAGGGCUUCCUGGAAGACAUCUGCUUCAGAGCUGUGACUGACCUCAUCUCAAGGAGUAAACUGGAAGCUUUUGAGGAGGACAUCUGGCCGACGUUACAGCAAGAGUUACGACAGGGCUGGGGGUCCUGUAGUCCCCACACGCUGGCCUUGCUGGCUGUCUGUAAACGCAGCUUCCCUAGUAUUGUCGAUAAGAAGUUCAUGCAGAAGCAUUGGGACCGUCCAGAUCUGCUGGAUGCAAGCAACCUGCCCCACAUAGCCAGAAUCAUAGCGAGCUCCACGUCCACCUCCCACCCCAAUCCCCAUGCUGUAUGUGACAUCCUCCUGUCCUGGGUGUUGGACAAAAGAGAGAAAUUUCCCGUAUUCUGGGAAAAGGUCGUAGAUGGUCACCUUUGUACCAGCUCACAGGACGAGUGCAUCUUCCUUGCCUUCUGCUUGUUGGAGACCGUCCUCCCAGCAUGCACCACGGCAGAGAUACGUACGGUCUUAUCCAAGAACCUCCUCAGAAGCUUCAUAAGCAGUCUGGCUAACCGACAGGCUGGGCUCUAUGCAGCCGCCAACAAAUUGAGUGGCUCGCUAGCCAGCCUUGUCAAGAGCAUGUCAGACCCUAACACCCAGCUGUCAGUGGUACAGUGCCUGCUACUCAGUCCCGGACACUUCAACUUUGAUGAAAUCACCAAAAGCAGGACAGUUUACUCAAUCAUUAGUAAUUUCAAUCCAGAAGCAGUUAGGCUCUACCUGAACUGGUUGAAAGGACUGUUUGUGUCCGGUUCAGUCAACACCGGAAGCAACGAAACACCAGAUAUUGACAGUGGGAGACAAUGGGUUACGAUACAGGUGCUGUCCUUAGUCCGGAAUCCUCGUCUACAGAAGGAGACAGACUGGCUGAGUGAUUGCUUUCAGUUUCUCUUCCUUCAUGCAUUCUUCAGAGUGAAGACUAGAAGCAAAGCCCUUCCUAAUUGCGGCACUGUGCUCAAGGUACCGGUCAGCGAGUCGCUACGGCAACAGAUUGCCCAGCAUUUCUACAGUGCCCUCGGUGUUGUGUGUAACCUGUCCACCAGGGCACCAGUGAAGGAGGAGGAUACCAGCGCAGACCCUGGGGAACUGUGGGUCUACGUCAUUGUGAAAUAUGCACAGGAGCUCCUAAACUCUCCAAAUGUCGACUGCUGUGUCACCUUUCAAGAUGAGGCCCAAGCAGCAUGGAAUGAGAUGCUGUCUGUUGUGGAGAAGCUACGCAAGAAGUCCAAGCCAGGCAACAAGACCCAGUCAGCCAGCCCUGCAUUCCAGCUGCUCUUCCUUCAUGUUGGACUGCAGAUGUUUAGCGAGACGCAACAGGCUGUGGAUAUACUACAGGAUCUCCACGGAUGUUAUGAGAGAGCUCUGAGCAGGAGAAAGUCCCUCAAGAAAAAGACAGAAGAAGAGCCAGAGUGGGUGGAGGUAGUCACAGAGAUCUUACUCAGUCUCUUGUCUAAACCAUCGCAUCUCUUGCGGACAGUGGUCGACGGCGUCUUCAAGAUGAUCUGUCCUCACAUGACCAAAGAGGCACUGCAACUUCUUCUAGAUAUUCUUGACCCUACCCAAAGUGUGGAGGAUGGGAACAUGGAGAUCACAGAAUCAGAUGAUGAGGAUGGAGAAGAUGCAGAAAUGCCAGAAGACGAUGAUGAUGAUGAUGAUGACAGUGAAGAUGAUGAUGAUGAAGAUGAUAAUCACGAUGAUGAAGAGGAAGAAGGAGAACCAAGUCCAGCCAGCAAGAAGAAACCUGUGUCAAAUGGUCACGGAAACCACACAAAGAAGAAGUUGUCAGGUAACGGUUCAGACAGCGAAUCCGAGAAUAGUGAGGACAGUGACGAUGAAGACAAUGAUGACAUUGACGAGUUCUUCCGAAACGACGUCAAGACAGCACUGGGUGAGGCCGCAGCUGAUGAGGAUGAUAGUGAUGACGUCGCCAGUGACUUUGACGACGCCACCAUGAUGAGGCUGGACACAGCACUCUCCGGUCUCUUCAAAGCCAAGAUGGCCGACCGCAGGAAAGGCAAGAAGGAGACCAACACCGUACUACUGCAUUUCAAACUCAGGGUUCUGGAUUUGUUGGACAUAUUCAUUAAGAGACAGCAGUCAAAUCCUUUAAUACUGGAAUUGGUGCUGCCAUUAUUGGUAGUCGCACAGACGGCAUCCGUUCACAAGGACCAGCAUGUCCUAUCAGAGAAAGCAGUCAGCAUCUAUCGCAACAAGCUGUGCAGGGUUAGAAAGUACCCACACAACCUAACCGAUCAGAGAGAGUUGCUACAUGACACCAUUGAGGCAAUCUUGCAGAUAGCUAAGAAAGCAACUUCUGUCAUGACUGUGUCCCUUUCAUCUGCUGGCUGCUUGUUUCUGAUCCGAGUGUUACGAGGCAACGUGGAGAUGACUGGGCCAUCACCAGUCAAAACUAGACAUCAAAGAGCCGAGGAGAAGAAAACUGUCCAACAAGAAACGGUUCCGGAGUCAAACUUGUUGGACACAGACAGGAUAGGCAAGCUGUAUUGCAGCGCAUUAGAAGACUUCAUGACACAUAGGAGCACCAAUCUCCACUCUCUGCUUUUCUCCGAAUUGAUUGAACGCUUUCCUUAUCUUGCUUGGCACUUUGCUGAAGAACUGGUUCAAUACAUUACCACUGGUUGCCAGCUGUACAGAAAGACACAGGCCUGCAGGUUGCUAGCUCUUCUUAUGGCCAGCAGACCGGUCCAAGAUGACCCAAGCAUGUGGACCAGUACAAGCAAGAAACUCAUGAAGGAUGGCCAGGAGGUAUUGCAGGGCAUGUUGGAUGGAGAGCAAGUCAUCAAACCCAAAUUCCUUCUGCAGGUGCUGAUUCUUCUGAGGGAGUUUGCCAAUGCUUGUCACAGCGUAAAGAAGCUUCCCAAUUUCUCCAAGAUGGAAUCCGUGCUUGAAGAGCUCCUCAAGAAGGUUGAAGUCAGUCGGUCUGGUGAGCUGACCUCAGCAGUCAGGGGCGUCAUCAAGGCAUUCAACAACAAACCCGCCGAGGGCAAGAGAAGUAAGAGGAAAAAGAACAAACGGACGAAAAAGAACAAACGAGUGAAACCAGCCAACCAUUAGGUGAAAGAACACAAUACUUUAUAACAACUUGGCCAUAGAGUGUACCAUUUUUAUGGGGGUACAAUAUGAUGUACUACAGGGUGAGUAAAA